GCCGUGGCGGCUCGCCCGGCACAGGGGGGAGAGGCCCGGGCCGGAGCGGGCAGCAGGUGACGGUACCGAGCCCCCGCCGCCGCCCUCAGCCCCGCCGCCGCCACCCCGGGCCGCCAUGGCCGUGACCGCGCCUCAGCGGCCGCGGGGCCACCGAGCGGAGCCGAGCGCGACUGAUCCCCAGCAGUGAGCACGAUGCCAUCAGCCCUGGAGAGCCCAGGGGGGGCAGAGGAAGAUGUUCUGCGCUAUGAGGAGAUGGAAGAUGAAGCUGUCAGCCCCAUGGACCUCUCGGAGCUGCUGAAGGAGGGCACGAAGGAAUCGCACGACCGUGCGGAGAACACGCAGUUCGUCAAGGACUUCCUCAAGGGGCGCAUCAAGAAGGAGCUCUUCAAGCUGGCCACCGUGGCCCUUUACUUCACCUACUCUGCUCUGGAAGAGGAGAUCGAUCGCAACAAGGACAACCCAGUCUUUGCUCCUCUGUAUUUCCCCGUAGAGCUUCACCGGAGGGAAGCUUUGGCCAAAGACCUCAAAUAUUUCUAUGGGGAUGACUGGAAAGAAAAGAUCCAGUGUUCAGAGGCAACUCAGGAGUAUGUGGACAGAAUCCACCAUGUGGGACAACACGAGCCGGAGCUGCUGGUGGCUCAUGCUUACACACGCUACAUGGGGGACCUCUCAGGUGGCCAGGUGCUGAAGAAGGUAGCCCAGAGGGCCCUGAAGUUGCCCAGUACUGAGGAAGGCAUCCAAUUCUACGUGUUUGACAACGUUUCCAAUGCACAGCAGUUCAAGCAGCUUUACAGAGCAAGAAUGAAUGCUCUGGACUUGGACAAGAACACCAAGGAAAGGAUUGUGGAAGAGGCCAACAAAGCCUUCAGAUUUAACAUGCAGGUGUUUGAUGAGCUGGACACGAUCGGCAGGUCGCUGCCAGAAGAGGCCCAGGACGGAGGCUUUCCAGUCCACGACGGAAAGGGAGACAUCCGCAAAUGCCCGUACUAUGCAGACAAACUGGGCACGGCAAGCCCCGGCUGCCCCGUCCACGCUGCGCUGGGCCUGGCCGGGCAGCCCCUGGUGCAGCUGGUGCUGGCAGCCUGCAUGGCCGUGGCAGCGGGAGCUGCAGCCUGGUACAUCCUGUGACAGGCACAGCGUGGCCCUGCCUGGGGCAAGGGCAGAGGUGUGCCCUGCCUGUUUGGUGACCUUUCCCUUGCUGGUGGUGAGUUGGCUGCAGAGUGGGAGAAGGAAAUAAACAGGAAUCCUGUGGGACUGUCCAAGCUUCCUUGCACACCGCUGUAACUCAUCGUCUUUAGCUGACUAGAGCACAGGACUGGUCAGUGCUGGGGGUGAGGACCCCACUGCAGCACUGCCCUGCCCAGGCUGGGGCAGCUUUUAAGGCUAGAGAUGUCCUGUCCUGGCAAAGGCUUCACAUGCUUGGCUUUCCAUCUCCAUCACUGAAGCAGUGUCUGGAGGGCGUUUCCUGCCCUGGGUUGCAUCUGCAGAAUGUCUCAUCAGCCUUUCCAACAACGAGCACUUGCUUUCCUACCCUGAGCAGCUGAGGCUGUGCCAUGGGGCUGUCAGCUCACAGGAGUGUCCUGUUUGGUGCAAUGUCCUAAGAACCAAGUGUGACUCCUGUUGGAGGGAGCUCCCUGGGGAUGGGGGCAGGACCACGGUGGGGUAUGGAGGUGACAGAUGCGUAUUGUGCAACUUGGGGGUUGAGGGUUGGUUGUUGGUUAUUUUUCCUGAAGCCUUGACCAGAAUAAAAAGUUGCAAUGCUGUA